CGGUCUUCCCUGCAGGUUCUCACACAUGCCUAAGACAAAUGUCAAAAAAUGUAAGCGUUGACAAUCUACAUGCCCUUAAUUAUGAGUCGUUCUGCUACAAAAGGAAAGGCCCAACUUUACAAACGGUAGACGAAGGAGAAUUCCAACAAGAAGAGCAUCACAGUGUUGGACACAUGCCUAAGCAAGACAAAAACUUGGACUCUUUAUCUUCAUUUCCAACAGACAGCUACAAAAUGUCUCUCUCAAAUAUAUUUCAGUAUGUCCUUGGUGGAAAGCCAUCAAUUCCCAGCCAGUCAGCCACAGAUAACAUCCCCACCUCCUACAGUGAAGGAAAUUCUGUCCCUGAAACUUAUGAUCAUUUCUUCUCAGAGUUUGAUACAGAAAGCAUCUUCUACCCUCUCAUCACCAAAGACGAGCUGGUUCCUAUAUUUCCCUACUCUCACUCAGCUACUAGAGAUCUGCAGUUCCCAGAGGCCUAUGAGCACUUCUUUGCAUCUUCUUCUUCUGAUGAUUCUUCUGGGGAAUCUGAUGGAGAAGAUAGCUGCAGUCCCGUGAGGGUGGUGAGCAGAUUCAGCCGUACAACUAGCGCCUCUCAGAUUUCUACAGACAUAUAUGAACAUUUCUUCACUGAUGAAGAUCUCAGACAGAAUUUCUUUUGGAAUACCACAUUGUCCUUUAGGAAUAUGAGUUUGACUAAAUGCACGGUUCACAAGGAAACUCUCUCAAACCCUCUAUCUAGUGUACCUGUGAGUCAAAGUGGCAGAUCCAUUGGAAGGAUAGUUCAUCCCAUAAAUGCUUUGGGAAAUCAAGACAUCAUAUUGGCUGAUCCACUUAUCCACCACCUGGACAACAGGAUCUACACACAACUAAGGCAUCAGCCGUUCAGUUUUGAGGACUUACAGACGGCUGUUUCAAAUCCAAGGUUGGAUGCCUCCCUCCUGCCUCUAAGACAGUCCGACAUGUGUCUGGUUUGUAUUGCAUUUGCUUCGUGGGUGCUAAAGACGGCAAACCCACAAGUUGGAGACACAUGGAAGGCUGUUCUGCUGGCAAAUGUAAGUGCUCUGACAGCCAUCAGAUACCUGCGUAAAUACGUCAAGAUGGAGGCUGCAACAAGUGAGAAGAAAUUGAAGUACACAGCCCCGUCUGAUUCUUGAUGUGGUUGUGUUGUUAAAUGUUUGCAUUACAUAUUUGCACUAUAAUUGGUUCUUGUUAAGUUGACCCUACCAUUGAAUGGAUAUGGGAAAGGGUUUCAUUUAAAUAAUAUGUCUGUUAUUUUGACCUUUAACGUCUGAAAGCAUUCAUAGUAAAUAUGAAAAGACCAAAGGCAAGACCAGAUGUGUAUUUAUCAGAAAGAAAGCUCUAGAUAUGUGUAAAUAAGGUUUCAGUAUGUGCGUACUGAAGAGAGAUUAAAGGUAAAUUCACUGCGCAGAGUUAGGAUGUUAGAUGGACAUGUGAUAAAAUGAUUAAUUUAAGGCAUUUGAAGCAUUUAGGAUGGUUUGUUUAUAUCCCGUUCCAUUAUUUUAGCUGGUGAAUUUUUUCCAAAACUACUGUGUAAAAUAUUACAUAAACGAAAUAAACAUUUCUUUAACAAAUUAAAAUGGUGACUAUCUAUCAGAAUGAUUUCCAAAAUGGGAAUUAAUCAAAACAUACUAAUAAACGUAACAUAUUCCGUUAUGUAAUUCAUGAAGGACAUUUUGUGUUCAUGUUGAUUGUAUUUUUUUGGAUGGCUGUACAACAUUUUCUGAUAAAGACUGUUCUGCAAGAUGUUGAUGAAUGUGAGUUUACUAUAGUAAAUACUAUUGUCGUAG